AUGGUAUUAUAUGGCAUUCUAUGCUCACUGCCCAUACUUUAUGGAGUGUUCCGGGAGUGGACACGAGUUUUUAACUAUUGGACGGAUAAGGGUAUUCCGGGUCCGAAACCCGUAAUUGGUUUUGGCAACACUAUCGGUACGUAUAUGAGACCGAAAUCGCAUAUCGAAAUGGACUGGAUCGCUAAAUAUGGCAAAAUCUACGGCGUAUUCGACGGCCAUAAGCCGGUACUACGGGUGGCCGACCCGCGGCUCAUACGCCAGAUAUUGGUCACCGAUUUCGACGUAUUCACAAAUCGUACCCUUUUUAAGGACAUUCACCCGAUUUAUAGCCAAAAUCUAUUCACGAGCGACGGCCCCAACUGGCGGCGACUGCGGUCACUAAUAUCGCCCACAUUCUCGUCGGCGAAGAUGCGACAGAUGUACGAAAUGAUGGGCGCGUGCGCCACCCAAUUGUCACGAGUUGUGGACGGGUACGCAGUGGAUUGUACACUGAUUGACGUCAAGCAAGUGUUUGGCAAUUUUGCCCUGGACGUUUUGGCAAUGUGCGCGUUUGUCAGGGCAUAUUUCGGCAUUUAA